AUGGUGAAUCCGGAAAUUAAUAAUUCGGGAGAUUCUGCGUUCCAGAAGCAUGCAAAUAUUGGUACAGCUUGUGAUUCACCAGUUUGUUCGCAAAAAUUAGCAACAAUUGACGAUGAAAUAAUUGAAUCAACAAUGAUGAUUGACGAUCAGCUGAUCGGUUAUUGUUCUUAUGGACAUGGAGAAACGAAACUACUCUUUAUAUGUGGUGGUGUUGGAUGCUACAAAAAAGAUUAUCCUGAACAUGUUCUGCGCGCAUUUGAUUCAUUGGUAUAUACCAUUGUGUGUAUUGAUCCACCAGGAUAUGGAAAAAGUAGGCCACCUGAUAGGAAACAAGAAGUAAACCGUUGCAUGAAAGAUGCUGGAUUUUGUAUUAAAUUGAUGGAGCAAUUAAAUUUUACACCAUUUUCUGUACUUGGUUGGAGUGAAGGUGCUCGAACUGCAGUACAUGUCGCUGGUCAAGGAAAGCAUCUGGUCAAAGCAAUGAUUCUUCUUGCACCUGCUACUCGAAUAGAUCAAAGAGGAGCUGGGAUUUUUAAGGGCAUGAGAAAUCUCGAUGAUUGGUUACCUGGUGCUUUAGAAAUAUAUCUUCAAUACUAUUCUAAAGAAUUUGUCGCUAAACAGUGGGCAGACCUUUGCGAUGUUGCUAUCCAAGUUUAUGAAUUAUUAGGUGGUCGUUUCCCAUCUGAUUAUAUCCUACCAACAUUAAAAAUACCUGCAUUGGUCAUCACUGGUGGCAUGGAUCGAUUUUGCGGUGAUCCCAAAUAUUUCCCUACUGUACUUUCAAAUUGCAAGUAA